CGGCACAGUCGAUAGCGCGCCGGACCUCGGGCUAGAAGGUCGAGGGUUCGAGACCUGCUCCCUGCCUGUUUCAUUUCAAUACAUUCAGAGUUCACCGACUAGCCCCUCGCUUUGAGGUUUUGGCAAACAGACGUAUACAGUAGCUGCUAGCUAGCUAAAACUCUUGAAGCCAGACUAGUGUCAGUAGCCAUGCCAAGCAGAGCUCCAUUCAACUAGCUACUAUAGCUAUUAGCUACCUGGGUUCUCUCUGGAGUUUUCCUCUUUGGAACUUUCUCUGAAGUCUUUUUUAUUUUCUGAUGUGUUAUCCUUUUUCUCCUCGAAUGGUCGGAGUUUCUUUGCACUAGGUUCGCCUGAUGCCAUGAAUGAUUACGCCGAGACCUCCUUGAGUAAAGAUGAGAAUAUCAAAAGGAAUCUAGACAGGGGAAACGGCUUUAAAAUAAUCACUGACAAUACAACGGCUACCACAUCGACAGUCAAACUUCAUGACACGUGUUUUUAUUUUUGGACUUAAUUUAAGUGGCCAGACUACUCUCUGACAGUGCAACACAGUUUUAUUCCUGCCACUAGCACUGGAACAAAGCAGAGAUGAUCAACAGCCUGUUCUUGAUCAACGCUUCGGGGGACAUCUUCCUGGAGAAGCACUGGAAAAGUGUGGUCAGUCGGUCGGUGUGUGACUACUUCCUGGAAGCCAAAGAGAAGGCUCUGGAACCUGAGGACGUUCCACCUGUCAUACACACCCCUCAUCACUACCUCAUCAGCAUCUACAGGGACAAGCUGUUCUUCCUCUCCGUCAUCCAGACUGAGGUUCCUCCGCUGUUUGUCAUUGAGUUCCUGCACCGCGUCGCAGAGAUGAUCCAGGACUACUUUGGGGAGUGUUCGGAGACAGUAGUCAAGGACAACAUGGUGAUGGUGUAUGAGCUGUUGGAGGAGAUGCUUGACAACGGGUUUCCCCUGGCAACCGAAUCUAACGUCCUCAAAGAGAUGAUCAGACCACCCACCAUCCUCCGAUCUGUUGUCAACACACUAACAGGGACCAGUAACGUUGGAGACACGUUGCCAACUGGUCAGCUGUCGACCAUCCCAUGGAGGCGGGCCGGAGUGAAGUACACCAAUAACGAAGCUUACUUUGACGUGGUGGAGGAGAUUGACGCUAUCCUGGACCAAUCAGGUACGACAGUGUUUGCAGAGAUCCAGGGCGUGGUCGAGGCGUGUGUCAAGCUGUCUGGUAUGCCCGACCUCACACUCUCCUUCAUGAAUCCUCGUCUCCUUGACGAUGUGAGUUUCCACCCAUGUGUUCGCUAUAAACGCUGGGAGUCUGAGCGUGUCCUCUCCUUCAUUCCUCCCGACGGGAACUUCACCCUGAUGACCUAUCACGUCAAUGCACAGAAUCUUGUAGCCAUCCCAGUGUAUGUGAAGCAGAGCAUCAGUUUCUUUGAGAGUGGUUCUGGUGGCCGUCUGGACGUGACCGUUGGACCGAAGCAGACCAUGGGGAAGACGGUCGAAGGGGUAGUGGUCACGGUCCACUUGCCCAAAACUAUCCUCAGCAUCAAUCUGACUGCCACACAGGGCAGUUACACAUAUGACAAUGGUACAAAGUUGUUGGUGUGGGACAUUGGAAAGUUGAACCCACAGAAGCUUCCUAACUUGCGAGGUAGUCUGAGUUUGCAGGCUGGAGCCCCCAAACCAGAGGAGAACCCCAGUCUGAACAUCGACCUGAAGAUACAGCAACUUGCCAUAUCAGGACUGAAGGUGAACAGGCUGGAUAUGUUUGGGGAGAAGUACAAGCCUUUUAAAGGGGUUAAAUACAUCACCAAGGCCGGGAAGUUCCAGGUGCGGACUUGAAGAUUGAAACCUAAAGGUCAUAGGUCAACUAGCCAACGUGCCUAAUGCUCUGGGUCAAAGGUCAACUCUUAGACACGCCAGCUGUCAACGAUUAUGCUCUCUAUUUGUAGUUCAGAGCCGUGAUCGGUCCAUUAUGACAAAUGUCUGAAACUUGUAAAAAGGUUCACAUCACUGCUGACUGUUGUGGCUCUGCAACAGCAAACUAUGAAUUGAGCUUUCUACAUGCUUUCUACAUGCCAAGUGUCAACUCUUCUACCUUAUGCCUUUUAUACCCCUAUACUCCCUCUGUAUUAGGGACAGAGCCUGUAUUAAUAACUUGGUUGUUUAUUUGGAUGGAAUGGAGUUGUUGGUCUGCGAAGGGAAUUGUUUUGRACAAUCAACCUAUUAUUUCUCCUGUAUCUGGAAUUAAAUAACUGUUCCAGCACAGCCCACCUCUCGCUCUCUGUCUGUCUCGCUCACUCAUCUCCCCUCUUUUUAAAAUUCUAUUUCUCUGCUUUAGCAGGUAAAGAUUUAAUAUCUAGUUUUAUAUAAAGCAUAUUUUUUGACCAUUUUAUGACUAAUAACCCUCUAAUGCUGAGUAACUGCAACCAAGAGUGGAAUCUCAUUUGGUCAUACAUGGUGUUAAUUAAUAUACAGGCUAACAAUUACUGCAAGUAUUAAUAAAUAUACAUAAAGUC